GUGAGGUUCUACUGGGUGUGAUGCUGAAAAAUCUUUACACAUUGGUGUGUUUUACUUCUUGAUUAGGCCAAUUUUGCUUGCAUAAAAAGGUCUUUGAAAUGCCUCAUGAUAAUAGUACCUUGUAUGUCUAUAAAUCACAAUGGCUCAGUGGCUCAGUUCUGACAGUUUUUUUACAUUUAAGGUAUAAUGUGGCAUUGGGUUUCAAAUAUCUCUUGAUUAUUCUCCUAAAUUAUUUGGGCAUAUGUUUUUAAUUGGCAAAAAAAUAACCAGACUUGAGGAGUUGGUCAUUUUUAUUCCAUCAAGUUAAUGGUGAGUGGCUUAUUUAAUAAAAACAUGUCAGUAAUUCAACACAAAUAGCACGUACAGCUGUUCAUUUGUCAAUCUUUUGGCCUGUAUGAAGCAUCUUAAACUGUUUUGCUAAAGGAUAGGGUCACCAAGAGGGGAAAUCUGUCAUUUUGAAUAAUUCUUCCCCCAAGGCACCCGUAUCACCAGCCGCUACUGUUAGGUGAGGUGGGGUGCCGCAGCCAGCGCCCGUCAUGGCCGGACGAGGGAUGUUGAAAAAGCUGAGAGAAUCGCAAUCUGUGAUUUUUUCCCCCCCGUCUGAGCUGAAAGCUCCCGGACAGAAGAUUAACUUCAUUCUUACAGAGAAACGAUUGUCCGAAAGCACCCAGCCAGUUGGUAGCGACGCGGACCGCUCACAUCGGGUUCCUGUGCUCUGAGCCUUAACCGCCGCUGCCUGCCUUCGCCCACGUGUGCAUCGGGGAGUUGUAAAGUGAGUUGUGAGGCUAAAACGAGGCGGGAAGUCCAGCCUUGAUCGUCAGAAGCAGCGUUCUCCGGGGCCGGAGGCCGCGGUGGCGUCCGGAGAAGGGCGCCCUCGGCUCGGUGGGAGCUCGGCGGGCCCCGGGCCCUUGCCUUCAGCAUCCUCACCUCGCUCCCCUUCCUCCGAAGUUGCGGAGGUGCCGGGAAGAGGAGGGGCCUCGCCUCGGGCGCCCGAGUGAUUGGCUGCCCGGGGCCCCUGGCGAGGGCUGUGUGGUCCAGCCCGGGUGGAGAGGGGCGGAGCGGCCACUGCUCCAACCACCGCCACCACCGCCACAGUCGCAGCCGCCGCAGCCUCGGCCGCCGGGCAAGUAGCUCUCAGCGGCGGCUUGCUGGGCGCCCCGACGCGGACCCGGGCGCCGCGCUCUGCUCGCUCCGCGCCCGAGCCAUGCCGGGCAGCCGCGCGUAAUUUCCGUGCCCCGGCCGCCGCCGACCUGACCCUGUGCACGGUCCCUGGCCCGAGCCGAGCUUUCCGUGCACGCAAGCAACUCCCUCGGUCUCCGCCGGCCCCUCGCAACCAUGCCCCGGGCGACUGCUCUCGGGGCCCUGGUGUCACUGCUGCUGCCUCUCCCGCUGCUGCUGCUGCUGCUGCUGCCGCCGCUGCCCCGCGGCGCCGGGGGGCUCGCGGAGCGCUCGGACGCCGCCCCGGACUACUCGGCGCUGGAAGGCGAGGAGGGCGCGGAGCAGCAGCUGGAGCAUUACCACGACCCGUGCAAAGCCGCUGUCUUUUGGGGAGACAUUGCCUUGGACGAAGAGGACCUGAAGUUAUUUCAUAUUGACAAAGCCAGAGACUGGAUCAAGCAGUCAGUAGAGGAAAGGGGACAUAGCACAGGUGGGCUCGAGGAGCAGCCUUUCGAGAGCUGGCAGAAUGCUACAGCCAUGAAUACCAGCAGCGAGGAAGCCAGAAAGGAUGGCCAGGAAAAUGCUAUGCUUCUACAGAGCCCCGGGACCUCGAAUGCCAGAGCUGAGACCUUUUCUCCACGUGUCCGAAGAGCCACAACCUCGAGGGCAGAGAGGAUAUGGCCUGGAGGGGUCAUCCCCUACGUCAUCGGAGGGAACUUCACUGGAAGCCAGAGGGCCAUUUUUAAGCAGGCUAUGAGACACUGGGAGAAGCACACCUGUGUGACCUUCAUAGAAAGGACUGAUGAAGAGAGCUUUAUUGUGUUCAGUUACAGAACGUGUGGCUGUUGUUCCUAUGUUGGGCGUCGAGGAGGAGGCCCGCAGGCCAUAUCCAUUGGGAAAAACUGUGACAAGUUUGGCAUUGUGGCACAUGAGUUGGGCCAUGUGGUUGGGUUCUGGCAUGAACACACUCGGCCCGACAGAGACCAGCAUGUCACCAUCAUCAGAGAGAACAUCCAGCCAGGUCAGGAGUAUAAUUUCUUAAAAAUGGAAGCUGGGGAAGUGAGCUCUCUGGGAGAAACGUACGACUUUGACAGCAUCAUGCACUACGCCCGGAACACCUUCUCAAGAGGAGUUUUCUUAGACACCAUCCUCCCCCGUCGAGACGACAAUGGCGGCAGGCCAACCAUUGGUCAGCGCGUGCGGCUCAGUCAGGGAGACAUAGCGCAAGCCAGGAAGCUGUACAAAUGCCCAGCGUGUGGGGAGACCCUGCAGGACACAACAGGAAACUUUUCCGCACCUGGUUUCCCAAAUGGCUAUCCUUCUUAUUCCCACUGUGUCUGGAGGAUAUCGGUCACUCCAGGGGAAAAGAUCGUCCUAACCUUCACCUCCAUGGAUUUGUUUAAAAGCCGCCUGUGCUGGUAUGACUAUGUGGAGGUCCGGGAUGGUUACUGGAGAAAAGCCCCCCUGUUGGGCAGGUUUUGUGGUGACAGGGCCCCGGAGCCCCUCACCUCCACGGACAGCCGGCUCUGGGUGGAGUUCCGGAGCAGCAGCAGCACCUUGGGCAAGGGUUUCUUCGCGGUGUACGAAGCUACGUGUGGGGGAGAUAUUAACAAAGACGCUGGUCAGAUUCAAUCUCCCAACUACCCGGAUGACUACAGACCUUCCAAGGAAUGUGUCUGGAGGAUUACGGUUUCGGAAGGGUUUCACGUGGGGCUUACCUUCCAAGCUUUUGAGAUUGAAAGGCAUGACAGCUGUGCAUACGACUACCUGGAAAUCCGCGACGGCCCCACGGAAGAGAGUGCCCUGAUUGGCCAUUUCUGUGGCUACGAGAAGCCGGAAGAUGUGAAAUCGAGCUCCAACAGAAUGUGGAUGAAGUUUGUGUCCGAUGGCUCUAUCAAUAAAGCGGGCUUUGCAGCCAAUUUUUUCAAGGAGGUGGAUGAGUGCUCCUGGCCAGAUCACGGCGGGUGUGAGCAGCGCUGUGUGAACACUCUGGGCAGCUACAAGUGCGCGUGCGACCCUGGCUACGAGCUGGCUGCCGAUAAGAAGACGUGUGAAGUGGCCUGUGGCGGUUUUAUUACCAAGCUGAACGGAACCAUCACCAGCCCUGGGUGGCCGAAGGAGUAUCCUACAAAUAAAAACUGCGUCUGGCAGGUGGUGGCCCCUGCUCAGUACCGGAUCUCCCUCCAGUUUGAAGUGUUUGAACUGGAAGGCAAUGAUGUCUGUAAGUACGACUUUGUGGAGGUGCGCAGCGGCCUGUCCCCCGACGCCAGGUUGCAUGGCAAGUUCUGCGGCUCCGAGAUGCCCGAGGUCAUCACCUCCCAGAGCAACAACAUGCGUGUGGAGUUCAAGUCAGACAACACGGUCUCCAAACGGGGCUUCAGGGCCCACUUCUUUUCAGACAAGGACGAGUGUGCCAAGGACAACGGCGGGUGCCAGCACGAGUGCGUCAACACGUCUGGGAGCUAUCUGUGCCGGUGCAGAAACGGUUACCGGCUCCACGAGAAUGGGCACGACUGUAAAGAAGCUGGCUGUGCGCACAAGAUCAGCAGUGCAGAGGGGACCCUGGCGAGCCCCAACUGGCCUGACAAAUACCCCAGUCGGAGGGAGUGUACCUGGAACAUCUCUUCAACCGCGGGCCACAGGGUGAAACUCACAUUUAACGAGUUUGAGAUUGAGCAGCACCAAGAAUGUGCCUACGACCACCUGGAGCUUUACGACGGAGCCGACAGCCUGGCGCCCAUCCUUGGCCGUUUCUGUGGCAGCAAGAAACCAGACCCCGUGGUGGCUUCAGGCAGCAGCCUGUUCCUCAGGUUUUAUUCGGAUGCCUCUGUGCAGAGGAAAGGCUUCCAGGCAGUGCACAGCACAGAAUGCGGGGGCAGGCUGAAGGCCGAAGUGCACACCAAAGAGCUGUAUUCCCACGCCCAGUUUGGGGACAACAACUACCCGAGCCAGGCCCGCUGUGACUGGGUGAUCGUGGCGGAGGACGGCUACGGCGUGGAGCUGAUAUUCCGCACCUUCGAGGUGGAGGAGGAGGCUGACUGUGGCUACGACUACAUGGAGGCCUACGACGGCUACGACAGCACCGCGCCCAGGCUCGGCCGCUUCUGCGGCUCCGGGCCACUGGAAGAGAUCUACUCGGCAGGAGAUUCUCUAAUGAUUCAAUUCCACACGGAUGACACCAUCAAUAAGAAAGGCUUUCAUGCCCGAUACACUAGCACCAAGUUCCAGGAUGCCCUGCACAUGAAGAAAUAAUGCCGAUGUUCUUGAAAGACAGGAACUGAGAAUGUUUUUUGUAACAAUAGCACCUUGUGAAUCUGCCCUAAACCGGUGUAUAGUAUUUUUCUCAAAAACUCAAAAUCUAGUGUUGGAGGUCUGUCUCUGAUGAAGUUUGGCCAACAAGGAAGAGGGAAGAUGUUUUUUGAUUCUGGCUACAACAUUAUCAGUCAUGGGCUCUUAAGAUUAAGGUUUUGAAGUUACUUACCAUUCAAGCUACGCCUGGUCAUACUCAUUCCCUUUGUCCCAUGCUCCUCUGGGGCAAGAGGCCAGCCUUUGGGUUGGUCAUUCCUCUAUUUCUGGAUGUGCUUCUGUAGGUGCCAGGCAGCGUGACUGUGUCCUGAAGACUCAGGCUGUUUUCCGUCUACACUGGGCAGUGAGGAUAAGAGCUUGGCCAUGGCUGAGUUGUUACUCACCGGCUUGGCUGGAGACUUUGGCUUUCUAUCUGCCAGGGACAUGUCAACCAGGAAACCUGAGAAUAUGGAUGUCAGGACUAAAAAAGGACUCACAGUAAGCAGUGCACAGAGAGAGCUUGAGUAUGAGAAUCGUCGUCACAAAACUAGUUGACAUCAAGCCUUCGGUCUGUGUCAUUGGCAUUCCUUGCCACUUUGGGAUUCCCUCAUCCCUAACUGCACUAGGAGGCUGAGGCAUCCACUAUUAAUUCCAGCAACAUAUUUGCCGGUGAGAGACCCCAGUUUGCCGAGAAGAAAACAUCCUGGAUCCUCCUGAUACUCCUUUACUGGCUGACUUUGAGAAGACGCCACCCAUGCUUGGGAUUCCAUGGGCCUAGAAGACCAUUUCCUCCUCCAGCUUUAAAGGCACUUCCUGUGGUUGACCUUGACUUCUUGACAACUGAUUCAAACUGCAUUUGCAAGAUGUGCAAAGACAGCCUAUGAAGGACCGGUUCAGGUCCCUCGUGGGGUGAACACUGUUGAAAACUGGUUAAUUAAAAGUUAUGUAAGAAUCAUCAUCUGUGGGACAAGUCAACUUUGUGACUAACUUCCUGUCAGCAGUCAGGUUAAAGAGUGCAUUGGUAACUUUGCUCAGGCUAACUAGUAUUCAAUCACCAACUUGCAAUCAGAAUUCACCACAUUGGCACGUGUUCUAGAGAAGUGUAGAGAAUGUUGUUUACAUAAUUUUAGAACCUCCAGGUGGACUUUAAACAGUGAGGUAGUUUUGAAUGGCAUUUCAUUAAGGCAUCUAUGGGCAUUAUGAGCUAAAAGCGUGGUAUGUUAGCUUUAAAAGAGUAUUUAUGUUGGAAUCAUUUUUAAAUAAUGUUUACAUAACCGUAAGUCCUGUUUGGUUGGUAUUGAACACAGGACAGCACAGAGAGUGUUUUCCGUGAGACCUGAGAUAGCUCCCAAGCGCCAGAAUUCCUUUGGGAUGAGGCAAUGGCAUUUUAAACAGAGUGUUCAUAAAAUCUUAAAAAGUUAUAUUUUUUAAAGAUCAGAAUAUGUCCCCAGAGGACUAUGCCUAAUUAAAAUGAUGGCUGGGAGUAAAACAAACAAAGGAUAGUACAAAGAAAGGUAGAAGAAAUGCAUGGAAAUAUAUUUUUUUCCUUAAAACAGAAAAAAAUGCAAAGUAUUAUUAUUAAUAAUAAUAUAUGUCUGUAUAUAUGUAUGUAUGUAAAGGAUCAGCUGUCAGAGCCUUAAUCAAUGCAGUGUGACAAAUGCCAAUCGUAGCUUUACUGAGCGGGCCCUCCUGGACCAGCCCUGAUUUUCUGUGUCUCCUUCACCACGCCCUCUCUUGGCCCGGGAAGGAGAUUCGCCCGCAUUCUCAAGUCCUGGUGCAUCACAGACCCUGCG